UAUAUCUGACAUAGUGACACAGUGCUACCACCAUAACGACUUGUACCUAAAAAUCCUCUCGUUUCCUGCGCGUUCAUUGCGCCGUUUGUUUUUGCUUUGUCCUUAAAUUCGUCAACGAGUCUCUACACACAACACGAUGGGUAGAGAGGAUAAAGCUACCUGGAAAAGCAACUAUUUCACCAAACUUAUUCAAUUACUUGAAGAUUACCCAAAGUGUUUCAUCGUAGGCGCUGACAAUGUCGGCUCUAAGCAGAUGCAACAAAUUCGUAUGUCCGUACGUGGCAAUGCAGUCGUACUUAUGGGAAAGAACACCAUGAUGCGUAAGGUCAUCAAGGGUCAUUUGGAGAGAAACCCAGCUUUAGAAAAGCUGCUUCCUCACAUUCGCGGCAAUGUCGGCUUCGUGUUCACACGUAGCGACCUGGUUGAAGUUCGUGACAAAAUCUUGGAGAAUAAAGUACGCGCUCCCGCUAGGCCAGGUGCCAUCGCGCCCUUAAACGUUAUCAUUCCCGCACAAAACACCGGUUUGGGACCGGAGAAAACCUCUUUCUUUCAAGCUCUCGCAAUUCCGACCAAGAUUUCGAAAGGUACCAUUGAAAUCAUCAACGAUGUCUUCAUCUUAAAACCUGGAGAUAAAGUCGGUGCUUCCGAGGCUACCCUCUUGAAUAUGUUAAACAUUUCCCCAUUCUCGUACGGGCUCAACAUUCAGCAAGUGUACGAUUCCGGCACCAUUUUCCAUCCAGAUAUUUUGGAUAUCAAGCCCGAAGAUUUACGCGAAAAAUUCUUAGCCGGUGUUGCCAAUUUGGCUGCGGUAUGUUUGUCGAUUGGUUAUCCAACUGUCGCCUCUGCACCCCACAGCAUUGCUAAUGGUUUCAAAAACUUGUUGGCUAUUGCUGCAGUUACAGACAUCGAGUUCAAGGAAGCUACAACCGUCAAGGAAUUUAUUAAGGAUCCAAGUAAGUUUGCAGCGGCUGCUGCUGUUGCUGCACCUGCUGCUGCGUCGGCGGCAGUAAGCAAAUCUGCUGCUCCUGCUAAAGAAGAGAAGAAAGAAGAAUCUGAGAGUGAAGAUGAAGAUAUGGGUUUCGGUCUGUUUGACUAAACUUUUUGUUGUAUAGAGCUGGCCGUCAAUAAAUUGGAUGAAACAUG